AUGGCGACCGCCGUCGAGAUGGCCAUCGAGAAGAUCGACGAGGUGAAGAGUCGGCUCGGAAGAACGCUCGGCACGCCGAUGCGCCUCCGCGAUCUGAUCCGCCAGGUGCGCGGCGCGAGGACGGCCGCCGAUGAGCGAGCCGUGGUCGACAGGGAGAGCGCCAACAUUCGCGAAAGCUUCAGAGACGACGAAUCCCCUUGGAAAUGCCGAAAUAUCGCCAAGCUGCUCUACAUCCACAUGCUCGGCUAUCCGGCCCAUUUUGGACAGAUGGAAUGCAUGAAGCUGGUGGCGCAGCCUCGAUUCACCGACAAACGCAUCGGAUAUCUGGGGGCAAUGCUGUUGCUGGAUGAGAGGGCCGAAGUCCAUCUCCUCGUCACCAAUUCCCUCAAAAACGACCUGAACUCUCAGACGCAAUUCGUGACGGGUCUCGCCCUCUGCACCCUCGGCUCGAUCUGCUCGGCGGAAAUGUGCCGUGAUUUGGCGAGUGAGGUUGAACGCCUCGUCCGCAGCAGCAACACGUACAUCAAGAAGAAGGCCGCCCUCUGCGCAUUUCGCAUCGUCAGGAAGGUGCCCGAGCUGAUGGAGGUGUUCAUCACGUGCACUCGAUCGUUGUUGGGUGAGAAGAACCAUGGGGUGUUGAUGGGUGCCACGACUCUUGUGACGGAGAUGUGCGAACGGAGCCCCGAUGUCCUCGAUCACUUCAAGAGGAUCGUGCCGAGCCUGGUGCGUAUCCUGAAGAAUCUGCUGAUGAGCGGCUACAGCCCGGAGCACGACGUGACGGGGAUCAGUGACCCGUUCCUCCAAGUGAAACUGUUGCGUCUGUUGCGUGUCCUCGGCAAAGAUGAUCCCCGGGCCACCGAGGAGAUGAACGACAUUCUCGCACAGGUGGCGACGAACACGGAGACGGCAAAGAAUGUGGGCAACGCCAUUCUGUACGAGACGGUGCUCACAAUUAUGGAGAUCAAGAGCGAGCCGGGUCUCCGCGUGUUGGCUGUGAAUAUUCUCGGACGAUUCCUGCUCAAUCCCGACAAGAAUAUCCGCUAUGUCGCCCUCAAUACGCUGCUCAAGACCGUCUCUGUCGACUAUCAGGCCGUGCAGCGUCACCGGACGACGGUUGUGGACUGCCUGAAGGAUCCGGAUGUGUCGAUUCGAAAACGUGCAAUGGAGCUGUGCUUUGCCCUGAUCAACCGUUCCAAUAUCACCCAAAUGACGACCGAAGUGCUCAGCUUCCUCGACACGGCCGACCCUGAAUUCAAGGCGGAAUGCGCAUCGAAAAUGUACGUGGCCACCGAGCGGUUCUCCCCCUCAAAGGAAUGGCAUUUGGAUACGAUGGUUCGAGUCCUCGAGCUCGCGGGAAACCACGUGCCGGACGAGGUGGUGUCGUGUAUGAUCCAGCUGAUCUCGUCGAAUCCCUCAAUUCAACACUACGCGGCAGUCCGUCUAUUCCGUGCCACGCAGACGACUGAUGUCACAAAUGCACAACCACUCCUUCAAGUCGCCUUCUGGAGUAUCGGCGAAUUUGGCGAUCUGCUGCUGCAACCCGGUGAUGAUGAUGGGGCUAGGAUUGAAGAAGACGAGGUGUUGGCCCUGUUCGAGCAAGUGCUCCCCUCCAAUUUCACCUCCCUCGUCACCAAAUGCUACGGGGUCACCGCGCUCGCCAAGCUGGCGACUCGUUUCACUUCGACGGAGCCGCGUAUCCGAGCCCUCGUCAAGGCCAAUCAAGCGCAUCUUCAUCUCGAGCUACAGCAACGAUCCAUCGAAUUCACGCGAAUUCUCGACGAUCAGGGCGACACCAAAUUCGGCCUUCUCGAGCGUAUGCCAAUCAUCCUCCAGAAUUCCCUCAACGCCGCCGCCGCCCCAAUCCAUGAUGAGGCAGAUAUGGUGGAUACGGUAGCCGCCACAGCCCCCUCGGCCAAUACAAAACCAUCUGCCAAUGAUGAUCUGCUCGGCGAUUUGGGUGGAUUGGAUCUGGGAGGAGGAGGAGCUGGAGCUGGAGCUGCUGCUCACCACAAUACGGCUGGGAAUCAGCUGUUCGAUUUGAUGGGCGGAGGGAUGGACAACACCCCGAAUAACAAUACUGCUGCUGGAGGAGGAGCAGGAGGAGGGCUGCAUGAUCUCCUUGGAGAUGCCCUUGGCGGUCUGUCGGUUUCGAACCCCCUGCCCUCAUCUACAGCCCCCUCCAAUGGCGGCGGCGCCUUCGACUUUUUCGGCGACUUUGCCGCACCUGCUAAACCGGCUGCAGCCCCGAAGAAGGUGGGCACGAUGGCGUUGAACAGCGACGGCAUCGAGGUGCAGCUCUACGUCGAGCGGGACUUUGGCAAUGGCCAAACAGCCGAACUGUGCAUCGUGGCCACCAACAACAACCCGGCCCCCAUCGCCGAUUUCGAAUUCCAGGCCGCCGUCACCAAGGCGUACAAAGUGGACAUCCGGCCGGCCAGCGGCUCUUCCCUCUCGCCGAAUGGAUCGUCGCAAAUCACGCAAACGCUGCUCGUCACCCGUCUCGACAAUGGAACGCUGAAAAUGAUGGCCCGGGCGUCGUUCAAACUGAACGGCCAGGAGAAGUCGAUCCAGGGCGUCGUCACCAAUUUCCCCGGACUCUCC